UGUACAUCAUCCGACAUUACACCUGCAUCAACCGACAGCGUGGAGUACAUACAUGUGAACAAUGAACAAGAGGAUAUAGACGAGAUGAACCGACGCGGACCGACUUGGAUCCGCAACGGCACAUGGCUUAUCAUCGGCAUGAUCCUCAGCGUGGAAGGCUUGAUCGCCAACAGUAUCUUCUUCAUGGCUAUCUACAGAACAGUGAAGAAGCCAGAAGUCAAGGCCGAGGUCGUUUUUUCAAUGGUCGUCAUUCCGGUACUGUCACUAGUCCUGAACCUCAUAACCUGGUACCAAAAGAUCGCUUUGGUCAACUUGAUAAGACAUGCCCCGUGGGAAGAAGUUGUGCGCGAAACCGCACAACUGUCGAGAAUGGCCCCACAUCUCCCCCUAACGUGGUUCAGGGUCUACCUUGUCUGGCGCAAAGAUCGGGCCAAUUACCUCAAGUUGUUCCUACAGACCCUUUCCCUCAUCCUCGCUUGCAUUCAGUUGGAAAUGGCCGAAGAAGAAGACCCGGCCGUAAGGUGGUACAAACCUUGGUACAACCCUCCGGAGCUCAACGUCACGUUAGUGGGUGACCCCGACAGCGCUCUCGCGAACGUUUGGGCGUGCGCCCUUCAACUCGGCAUCAGUGUAUUUCUCAUGGGCAAUGAGUACCUGAGGCUCUUCUGGCACCACCGAAGGGGUAUCUGGAGCAGGCUCCGACGUAUUGGACGAAUUGCAAGAGGCACCGAAAGAGGGGCCGAGCGCCCACACAUUUUCCGCCCGUAUGACAGUGUAUGA